AUGGGGCUGAAGGCUGAUGCGAUGGGGUUCAUCUCCAGUUUCCAUCUGCCCCUUCUGGGCUUCCUGGCAGCCUCUUUCUUCAUACAAGGUCUGGAAGCACAGGAUUGUCCCAAGAACUGGUUCAAGUUUGAGCGGCACUGUUAUGGAUUUUACAAAACACAACUGUCCUGGAAUGAUGCAGAGACAGAUUGCCAUUCCUACGGUAAAGAUGGCCACCUUGCCUCCAUCCUCAGUGAACAGGAGAUGAAGUCAAUCUCGUCUGCUUUGCUCACCAACCAUGAAGUUUUGUAUAAAGUCUGGGUCGGGAUGUACGCACAGAAGGGCGGGAAGAGUAAACGAAUGCGGUGGACAGACAAUUCCGUGGUGGAUUACAUACCGUGGGCACCACGGCAGCCUUCCAACUGCUAUGGCAAACAGCACUGUGUUGAGUUGUUUGCCCAAGAAAUACCAAACAUCGGUGGUGGUGUUUCCUGCAGGUUUGAGAUGGGAAGCCCAGAAAAGUUUGCCACCCUGUCCAGCGCCAAAGAUGGCAUAGUCCUGGAACCAGUGGGCCCCAAAACCCAGAGCCCCUCAGUCUUGCCAGGCUUCAGCUGGGGCCUGUGGCUCCCCAUCCAGGCCCGCACAGCCUCCAGGAUGCAGAUGGCCCUUGCAUCCUCUCUCCUCCUCCCUGUUUUGGCCUUCCUGGCUGCCAACUUCGUUAUAUCAGGCGUAGAAGCCUUACACUGCCCCAAAGGUUGGCUAGCCUUCCAAGGAAACUGCUAUGGGCUCAUUAAUUUAAAACUGCCAUGGAGAGAUGCUGAGAACGACUGCCAGCAGUAUGGAAAGACGAGCCACCUGGUCUCCAUCCUCUCCGAGACAGAAGGGGAUAUGAUUGCGAGUCACAUCACCACCAACUACAACAACCAAGAGAAUUUCUGGAUUGGCCUCUAUGACCCCAACGGGACUCAGCGCUGGAGGUGGGUAGAUUACUCAGCAAUUCGCUACUUACCCUGGGAACCAGGCUUUCCUAAGAUGACACGGAGAAGUGCUUGCGGCCAGCUGUCCUUCACAACAGACUUUAGGAAAUGGAGCCAUACCCGUUGUUCCAAAAGGGCAAAGUACAUUUGCAUGUUCAAGCUCCUUUGAGGACAGAUGCUGUUGGGAGUUUGACUCUUGGAAUUAAGCUGAGAAACUUCCGGGACCACCCGAGGGACCCCUUGUUCCCCAGCCCCUUGAGACCACUGACUCCAAGCCUACACAGUUGAUCCCAUCAGAUUAAGGGCCAGAGGCUUUU